GCGGAUCAAUCAAUAGCUCCUCGUGCCCUCAAUGGUUUGAAUCAUGUCCGAAGACAAAAGUGCCAUCCCAAUCCACGAUACCGACGCCCAAGGAGAGAAAGUUGAGCUUGAUUAUGACAAGAAAACCGCCCAAGGCGAGAUUUGUGUCAAAGUAAUUUGUUUGGGUGAUAGUGCGGUGGGCAAAUCCAAAUUAGUGGAUCGAUACCUGAUCGAUGGCUACAAACCUCAGCAACUCUCCACCUAUGCCUUGUCGCUCUUCCGACACAGAACCACAGUCAACGAUGAGAAGGUCCUCAUUGAUAUUUGGGACACUGCCGGCCAAGAGCGGUUCCAAUCCAUGCAUCGGUCCUACUAUCACCAAGCUCAGGCCUGUAUUCUGGUCUUUGAUGCCACACGCAAAAAGACCUACAAGAAUCUGUCCAAUUGGUACGCCGAGAUGAGGAAGUUCCGACCAAGCAUCCCUUGCAUCUGUGCCGUCAAUAAGAUCGAUGAGAAUAUGGAGGUGACAACCAAAAGCUUUGCUUUUUGCACCCAAAACAACAUCCCUCUGUACUAUGUUUCGGCAUGCGAUGGAACAAACGUAGUAAAGCUCUUUGCCGAUGCUGUGGAAAAGGCAGUAGCCUAUAAGAAGGAUCCUGUGGACAUUGAGGAUCAGAUCAUGGAAGAACUUGAGAAUAUGUAAAUCUUGUUUAAAAUUUUUUAUGUAAGCCAAAUCUUACUCAAUAAACUCUAAAGUGCUCGUUA